GGUUUGGGUUGGUUCUAUGGAGGCCGCCUGUAAGCUGAAGGAGAUGGCCAGGAGGCAGAAACAGCACAGAUGGACUCGUCGCGAGCAGUCCGACUUCUACCGCGUGGUGUCCAGUUAUGGGGUGGAUUUCGACCCCGAAUCCCGUCGGUUCCGUUGGGGUCGGUUCCGUUCCUUGGCCCGUUUGGAUCGAAAGACGGACGAGAACCUGACCAAGUUCUACCACGGCUUCGUGGCCAUGUGCCGCCAGGUCUGCAGGCUUCCACCAGCACCGGGGGACGAGCCCCCCGACCCCUCAGUCCCGGUGACCCCCAUCUCAUCGGACCGCGCCGCCCGCACCCUCCGUCGCCUGACCCUCCUCCGCCGCCUCCGCGAGCAAGUCCUCCGUCACCCCCUAUUACCCACCCGCCUGGCCCUGUGCCCCACACCGGGCCCCGAUCUCCCUUCAUGGUGGCAACGUGGCCGCCAUGACGGCGAGCUCCUCCAUGGGGCAGCCCGCCAUGGCUUGGCUAGGCCCGAGGCGGCCAUCUUGGGCGACCCGGAUUUCUCCUUCUUGGCCUCGCGUUGUCGGUUCCUUCGAGCCCAAACGGCGGCUGCUGCUUGUGGGGCCCUACAAGGUGGAUCUAUGGGGCAGCCCCAUAGAGUGGUGGUGGAGGAGGAGGAGGAGGAGGAGGAGGAGGAGGAAGAGGGGGAGAUGAUGGGCAAGAUGGCGGCCAACGGAUCCGAGUCGUCGUCGUCGUCUUCGUCGUCGUCCGCGGAGGAGGAGAGCGACGACGAGAGGGGUGCGGUGCCCCCCCCCCUCUCUAACGACGACGACGAUAACGAAGUAAUAACGAAGAUAACGACGAUAACGAGGAACGGGGCGGGGUCCGUCGCCCCCAAUUAA